AUGUUCAAAAAUAAAUUAACAUUAGUGAACAAAAAUUUUCUUGGUAACAAAGAUAGAAAAAAAAUAUUUAUAAACGUAAAGAAUACAUUUUUUAUAGAAAGAGAAGAAGAUCUAGAUGAUAUUUUAUGUAAAGAAGACACAAGUGUUUGUAAAGUACAAAAUACAAAAAUAAUUGUGUAUAUAUCGAAAAAUAUUCCAGUUUUAUUUUGUGUUAAUAAUGUUAUUUAUCCAACUGUUUAUACAUUAUGGAAGUUUCCAAAUUUAAUUCCAUGUUUUGUAAUAUAUCCACCUGCAUCAGAAUAUUUAUUAAGGGGUGCAGAUUUGAUGAUCCCAGGGAUAUGCAAAGAAAUUAAUAAUCUAGAAAAACUCAAAGAUGGGAAUGUUUGGGGAGUAAGAGUUUUUAAUAAUCCCUACAUAUUUGCUGUAGGACAAUGUUUGAUUGAAUAUAAAAAUAACAAGGAAUUGUACAAUUCAAAAGGGAAAUGCUUAAAAUUAAUUCAUAUAUUUAAUGAUGAGUUAUGGAAACUAGGUCCCCAAAUUGUACCAGAUAAAAGCUUCAAAAAUAAAGUGAUAGAUUCUGUUGAAGAUAUAGUAGACAAUUUCGAAGAUUUUAAAAUAUAUGAUGAGAGCAAGGGAAAAAAUGAAAUAGAAAAGGAAAAAAAAAAAGAAAACAAAAAAGAUUAUUUUGGAUGGGGAAGUGAUGUAGAUACAGAUCAAGAAAAGGAAAAUAGUUCUCAAAAAUUUAUUGAUAAAAAUAAUGUAGGAAAAAAAAAGGAAGAGGAAGCAAAACGUAAAAGUAUAUCAAAUGAAAAAUACUUAGAAAAUUUUUAUAAACACUUUAAAGUAUUAAUUGAAAAAAAUAAUGAAAAAAAAAAUAUUUCUUAUUGUUUAAAUCAUGAUAAUAAUAAAGACAAACAACAAAAUAAUACUACUGAACAAGUAAUAAAAGUAAAUAAAACAAAUAAAUUGGAAGAAGAUAAUGAAAAAAAAGAGUGUGUUAUUGAUUUUUGUGAAAUUGAAAAAAAUUUAGAUUUAAAUGAAUCGGAUGAAAGAAAUUAUAAUGAAUAUAUUAAAAAUGAUUUAAAUAAUCAUGAAUAUUACGAAAAAAAUAGUAACAAAAAAAGUAAUACUUCUUCAGAGGAUGAUUUUGAUAGUUGUAACCAAAUAAAAAAAAGUCAACACACAAAUAAAGAUUAUGAAUAUAUGAAACAGGAGGAAUUAAAAAAGAGAAAUAAUGAUUUGGAAAUUAAUAAUAAUUCAAGUGAUGAAUUCGAAAAAAAAAAAUUUAUUAAAAACGAAUAUAAAGACGACAUAACGGAAGAAGAGAUAACUGGUACAGUGGAAAUAAAUAAUAAACAGUUGUUUGAAUUAAAUUGUGAACAGCAGGAUUUGUUGAUGUUAUAUUUAAUGUUAGAAGUUUUAUAUUACAUAAAUGAUGAUAAUUUGCCACUUGAUGUUUCUGGUGUUUAUAGUAGAAUGACUAAAGAAUGCGCAUAUAUUCAUAGGAAUAAAAAAUUUCUAGGAGAGUUACAUAAAUGUAACGUAUCUUAUGAUGAUAUAAAAAAAAUUAAGAAUAAUGAAAUAUAUAUAACAUUAGAUGUAAAAAAAUCAAGUUAUAAAAAAUUAAUAAAAUUUAUUCAGAAUUGCGUAAAAAUAAAAUUGAUAAAAAUUAAAGAAAAAAGAAACAUUGUAUCCAUAGUAAAUAUUCAUAAAGAAAAUCCUUUAUUAGCAUCAUAUGAGCCAACACCAACUAAUGCAAAAAAAAAAAUUGAAAACGAGGAUGAAAACGAAAAUAUAAAGACAGAUUUAAUUAAUAAAGGGCCGCAAGUAUUAGAAUUUUAUAUGCCAACAAAUAAAACGUUAGAUAUAUUUCGAUAUGUAGAUAUUAAAACCGAAAAAAAUUCUUAUUUUAAUAUAACUCAAUUAAAAGAUAUAUUUAAAUCAUAUAUUAAAUUAGAAAAUUUGCAAGAUAAGAAUGAUAUGCAUUUAAUAAACAUAAAUGAAACAUUACAUUCAUCUUUAUCUAUCGAUGAUAAUAUUGAUAAAUUACCUUAUGAAACAAUUUUAAAUCAGUUUAUUUCAAUUCAACAACCAUGUUAUUCAAUAAUUAAACCUUAUGCAAAUUUUGAUAUUGAGCCAAUUAAAAUAAUAAAAGGGGUAUGCCCAUCCGUUCAUAUUUAUUCUAUUGCAAGAAUGAGAGGGAAAAAAUUCGUUACACAUAUAACAAAUUUAUAUUUAUUUCAUUUAGAUCUUAACAAAUUUUCUGAAUAUUUACAAAAGCAACUAGCAUGUUCAUGUACUAUUGUAAUUUCUCCAUCAACAAAAAAAGAAGAAGUAUUAGUUCAAGGUAAUGUAGUUAAUCAAAUAUAUAAAAUUUUAGUAAAUAAUUACUAUCUUCCAAAAAAAUACAUAGUAUUAAACGCAAAAUAA